AUGGAGGGGGAGCUCGGCCUGCUCGGGCACCACUCGCCGGCGGGGUCGUCCUGCGUCUCCUCCGAGGUCUUCGGGUCGCCGAUUCCCGCGUCGCCGCGGGAUAAGCUGCUCCUCGACUCCUCUCCCUCGUCGUGCGUCUCCGACGGCCGCAGCAAGGGAGGUCGACCCAGCUCGCCCACACGGAUGGGGAAGGCGCUCGACUCGCCCGCGUCCUGCGUCUCCGACGGCCGCUACGUCUCGCCGCUGCGCGUGUCAGCGGAGCAGGAGCGCGAGGCGCGCGAGGCGGAGAUGCUCCUGCGCGCGAUCGCCGAGCGCUACGACGAGUGCUUCCUGCGCCUGCGCGACGCCACGGCCGAGGUAGCUGAGCUCCGCCUCGAGCGCCUCCAUCUCCGAGCGGAGAACGUGCAGCUCUCCCUCCUCCUCGAGGAGCUCGAGGCCAAUCGGGGGAAUCUGGCGUACGCGGCGGCGCCGGCACCACCACUGAAGCCGGCGGAGGAGGCGGCAGCGCGUGGCGGCGCGCCCAAGAGCAUCUCGAUACGAUCCAAGUGCUACCUCUCGCAGAUGAACCAGCCGCAGGGCGAGGCAGAGGCGCAGCGCCUCCGUGUUCGUCCACCUCCACCGAUUGAGGAGGCCGCAGAGGACGAGGCGCAGGGGGACGGGGAAGUGGAGGUGGAGGCGUACAGGCAGGGCACGCACAAGACGGAGCUGUGCAACAAGUGGGAGCAGGGCACCUGUCCCUACGCCGACCGGUGCCGGUUCGCGCACGGCCUGCACGAGAUGCGCCCCGUCAUCCGCCACCCGCGCUACAAGACCCUCCCCUGCCAGAUGUUCGUCGCCGCCUCCGGCUGCCCCUACGGCCACCGCUGCCACUUCCGCCACUCCCCAGCGCCCGCCGUGGAGUCCUACUAG